CCGCUGUGAUUGGCACCCCGAGGAGGAGGAGGAAGAGGAGGAAGGCGCGGAGCAGCCGCGGGGCCCGCCAUCCCGCGGCGGCGGAGCGGCGGCGCCCGGGAGGAUGCCGGGGAAGCGGGGCUCGGCGGGCGGCGGCGGCACCGAGCUCCCGGGGGCCGGCGCGCCGCGGCAGCGCAGGCGGCGGAGGAAGGUCUCCUGCUUCUCCAGCAUCCAGCUCUUCCUGGUGUCCGAGUGCGCCCUGAUGCUGGCCCAGGGCACGGUGGGAGCCUACCUGGUGAGUGUUUUAACCACCUUGGAGCGGCGAUUCAACCUUCAGAGUGCUGACGUGGGCGUCAUUGCCAGCAGCUUCGAGAUUGGCAACCUGGCCCUCAUCCUCUUCGUGAGCUACUUCGGAGCCCGAGGACACCGGCCACGCUUAAUAGGAUGUGGAGGGAUAGUCAUGGCCUUGGGUGCCCUCCUUUCCGCGUUGCCUGAAUUUCUGACCCACCAGUACGAAUAUGAGUCGGGAGAAAUACGCUGGGGGGCUGAAGGGAGGGAUGUGUGUGCUGUCAACGGGUCCUCCAGCGAUGAGGGACCAGACCCGGACCUUAUCUGCAGGAAUAGAACUGCUACCAACAUGAUGUACUUGCUGCUCAUUGGAGCACAGGUCCUCCUGGGCAUUGGUGCUACCCCUGUCCAGCCCUUGGGAGUUUCCUACAUCGACGACCACGUGAGGCGGAAAGAUUCCUCCCUGUACAUAGGGAUCCUGUUUACGAUGCUGGUAUUUGGACCAGCCUGUGGAUUUAUCUUGGGCUCCUUCUGUACCAAAAUCUAUGUGGAUGCUGUCUUCAUUGACACAAGUAAGCUGGACAUAACCCCGGACGACCCUCGGUGGAUCGGUGCGUGGUGGGGAGGCUUCCUGCUGUGUGGUGCCUUACUCUUCUUCUCGUCCCUGCCGAUGUUCGGGUUCCCGCAGUCGCUGCCCCCGCGGCCGGAGCACGCCGGGGAGAGCGAGCAGGCCAUGCUUCCCGAGCGGGAAUACGAGAGGCCCAAGCCGAGCAACGGGGUCCUGCGGCACCCGCUGGAUGGGGAGAGCAGCACGACCUGCUUCCAGCAGCUGCGAGUGAUCCCCAAAGUAACUAAGCACUUACUCUCCAAUCCCGUCUUCACCUGUAUCAUCCUGGCAGCCUGCAUGGAGAUCGCGGUGGUGGCCGGAUUCGCCGCCUUCCUUGGAAAGUACUUGGAGCAGCAGUUCAACCUCACCACCUCAUCUGCCAACCAGCUCCUGGGGAUGACAGCAAUCCCAUGUGCAUGUCUGGGCAUAUUCCUGGGUGGCCUCUUGGUGAAGAAGCUCAGCCUGUCUGCUCUGGGAGCCAUCAGGAUGGCCAUGCUGGUGAACCUGGUGUCCACAGCUUGCUACGUGUCUUUCCUGUUCCUGGGAUGUGACACAGGGCCUGUGGCAGGGGUUACUGUUCCCUAUGGAAACAACUCAACUCCAACCUCAUCUCUGGACCCAUAUUCCCCCUGCAAUAACAACUGUGAAUGCCAAACUGAUUCCUUCACUCCAGUCUGUGGGGCAGACGGGGUCACAUACUUAUCUGCCUGCUUUGCUGGCUGCAGCAGCACGAACCUCAGUGGCUGUUCGUGCCUCACCUCGGUCCCUGCCGAAAAUGCCACCGUGGUUCCUGGCAAAUGCCCCAGCCCCGGCUGCGAAGAGGCCUUCCUGACAUUCCUCUGCGUGAUGUGUGUGUGCAGCAUGAUCGGGGCCAUGGCGCAGACGCCGUCAGUCAUCAUCCUCAUCAGAACCGUGAGCCCUGAACUCAAAUCUUACGCUCUGGGGGUGCUUUUCCUACUGCUCCGGUUGCUGGGUUUUAUCCCACCUCCGCUGAUCUUUGGGGCUGGAAUUGACUCCACGUGUCUGUUCUGGAGCACGUUCUGCGGCGAGCAAGGAGCCUGCGCCCUGUAUGACAACGUGGUCUAUAGAUACCUGUAUGUUAGUAUUGCUAUAGCCCUGAAGUCUUUUGCAUUCAUCUUAUACACAACCACCUGGCAGUGCUUGAGGAAAAACUAUAAAAGAUACAUCAAGAACCACGAAGGUGGUCUCAGCACUAGUGAGUUUUUUGCCUCUACUCUCACCCUAGACAAUCUGGGGCGGGACUCGGUGCCCCAAAGUCAACCACAUAGGACAAAAUUUAUCUAUAACCUUGAAGAUCAUGAGUGGUGUGAAAACAUGGAGUCUGUUUUAUAGUGACUGUGGAGGGGUGAACUAUAUUAAUAAUACAAGGGUCCUUUUUAAUAAAAACAAGGAGAGAGCACGAAUGAAGAUACACAACUGCAAAACAACAACGGCAACACAGGAAACUUUUGUCUUUUCCUCAAAGUCAGACCCAGCCAUGAUUCUUGAGAGCAGCAUCUUCUAAUGGGAUCACUUGUGACAUCCUGCAGGAUGAUGGAGAAAGCAGGGAGCCAUUUGUGGCUGGGUACCAGCCCCCUUGAUGACAGUACAAGCUCCCAAGGAGGGUGUCUGCAGAGGUUCAUUGGAGAGCUCAGCACACGGACAGGCUUGGGCCUGAGGCCUAGAGAAAGCGAGGUGAUAAUGGCAAUAGGUGUUUGCGGUUGCAAACGGGGUCCUGAGGGUGUGUGGAGCACCCACUGCAUGGGCUGAAGGGUUGGCCAGUCUGGGUGCUGCUGCUCAAACCUGCUGUGCUCUGCAGUGGCAAAGAGGGAGCGAUGCUGGAGUCAUUCCACCAGUCACACUCUGUCACCAGCCACGAGUCCACGAAAAAUACCUUGAAAGCUGCUGGAAACCUUCCCGGUGGCGAGCAAUGCUGUCAGGGGUAUCCAAGUCCUUCCAGCCCAGGCUUAUUCGCAGAUUGCAGCUCUGUGGCUGUCUGUGAAUAGCUGCGCUCAGAUCUCAAACCCAGUAGAGUUCAAGACAUUUGCUCACACUUGCCAAACACGCUGUCAUUUUUAAAGGGGGACGAGUUCCAAAUACUUAUCUGUGUAGUCCUCUAAUAAGAUGUUUUUUAAAAUUAUUUUCAGAUCUAUGUUAACCCUUAAAUCGCUGACACUUUUCCAUAGGGGGGAUUUAUUUAUGCUAGUUUGGGGAAGGAUCCUGUUUAAUUCACCCAAACGUGAUGUGACUCAAGGGGUUUGUUUAAUCCUCUGCGUUUUUUAUCCAUACGCCUUCAUUCUAAUAUGCUACCAAGCCAAUGAAGACACAUAAUAUGUUUUUAAAAAAGAGAACGAAUGCACUGUGUCUCUAUAAAAACAACUGUCAGUUGGAAAAUUAUAGCUAAUAUGAUGAUUUACAUAAUAUAGUUUUUUUCAUAUUCUAUGUGACUCAGUGAAUACAUAUAUAUGUGGAGAGGCUGUUUAUGUUCUCUCCGGUUUUUAAAGAUAUAUAUAUAUAUAAUUUGCAAUCUAGAAAUUGUGUGGUGGAUGCUUUCUUUAAAGUGUGUGUGUGUGUGUGUGUAUGUGUACAAGAUGAGAGGAAUACUGACCUUAAUCCUUCAACCCUCACAACUGGUAUUUUAUUCUUCACCUGAGAAGUUCCACUGAUUUCAGUGGAAGCCAUGUGAGGAAGAUGGAGUAGCCUCCCCUCCUGGAUGCCACGUUUUGCCCUUAGAUGUGGAAAUAGUGUUCCUCUGGAAGGCUGGGUUAUGGGAGCAGAGGCUGGCCAGCAUUGAGCAACUCAAACUUUCAUUCAGCUCCCUGGGAAGCAUCCAUGCAGGAGGAGAUUCGGCUUUGCUCUUGCAAUGCAGUCUUACCUAAGCCUGUAAAAAUCAUGGAGGAGCUUUCAUCUGAUUACAAGAAGCGUGGGGGUCAGGCUUAUUUUGUAUGCAUAUUUUUGUUUUCCAAAACAUUCCUGCUGGGAAGGAAUAUAAAUUGAUGAAUCUUCCCGCAGGAACCAGACCCAUUUCCAAUGGACUAAAUGUCAGAAGGGUUUUAAGGGUUAGCAUCAUAAAAAAAAGCUCCUUUUUUUGUUUGAGUUUUGAAGCUGUUGUGAACUUGAGGAUGUUUAGAAACCUGGCAUGUUGAGUCAAAUGCUGGAUGUCACUUCCAUGCAGCUGUUGGAGGGGCUGAUCUUCCCCAAGUCCUUGUCCAUUGCUGGCAAUGGACACCCUAGAGCUGGCACAAUUACAGAGGGUUGAUGACUUGCCACUCAUGUUCAACACCUUUUUAGCAGACUUUGCUUUUAUCUAGGCAUUGCAACAUGGGUGUGGGGUAUCAAACUGCUUCCACUUGACUGACUUUACAUUUGUCUUUGUAAUUUAUGCACAGCAUUAUAUGUUCAGCAACAAUAAGGGCAGGAAAAAAAGGGUGUAUCAAAUAAACUCCACUGUGCCAAAUACUCCACAAAUAUUGUAACUGCAGAUAUUUGAUUCUUGGGUUUCAGCCAUGUUAAGAAUCACUUGAUUGAUGAAGGAGUUUACGGAAAAAAAAGGUUAUUAAGCUAUGCAGUGCCAUUGUUACGCUGGGUGGUAAAUGAUGCUUUUUAGAUCAUUAGAUUGGUUUAGUGUAUCCUGUCUGCUAAAAUAGAGAUACUGCAUCCAUAAAACAAUGAAUUUACAAAAGGCACAGGGUGCAUAACUGUCUCAUAGAAUAUAUAUAAUUGUCAAGUAUAAGCCUUUGAAAUCAUUCUGUACAGUUCUCUUCAUUCUGCAGAUUUAUUACUUAGACUGCUAUCUUUUCAAAUGUUAGCUCAUAAUUUUAUACUAUACACACACACAUUCAGACUCAAACACAAAUGUCACAGAAUAGUACCUUUCUAAAAGCCUGGUUGCUUGAAAUUCCAUAACCCCUUUCACAAUUUCAUUAUUUUCCCCUCUGAAAGUCCAAGGUGAAGGACAAUAGCAUGCUGACAUGAUGUAAAACAAACUCACAGUGUUCACAAGCUGUGGUUUGUUGGUGCAGUCAAAAGUCCCCCUUGACCAGAGUUGUAGAAGCAGGAUUCCAGGGCACAGAAUGUUUUAGUUUUUAUUUUUGUUUUCUUUUUUUUCAUUUGAUCUCUUCUCUUAGUAUAUAUGGGAGAUGCAGUUGAAUGGGGUUACUCACAUUAUUUUUAAGCUGUAACUUGAAAUUCCUAUGUGAUUGUUAUUUUAUUUCUUUUGACAAUGCAACUUUUGAAAAGCUUUCUCCUCAUCCCACUCUUUCUUUUCCCCAAGGUUGUAUCCAAUGCCUGCAUCGCGAAGGGCUUUGCUGUCAGUGUUUUGGUAUAGAUUUAAGAACAGAGCUUUAGUUUUAAGAAAAUACACAGACCAAAACCUUCAACCAUCCUAGCAGGCAUUUUGGUUUUUUUCUGAUUUCAAAACCACAAGCUAGUUUUUCCUGCAACCCAAUUUUUAUUGUAGAAUAACAAAUUAAAAGAGUCACACAUCCUCCUGCUUCCCAAAUUGCAAGUAUGGGCCUUUGCCUGUCAGCACUUCGCUUCCAUUCCUCAACUGCCUUAACAAUGCAGGAAACUUAAGAGCAAGGAUGGAGUAAGAAUGGAAUGCUGGAAUUUUUUUUCCCAUAUUCACGGGCAUUGAAAUUCAGGGGUUUGUUGAGACCUCAGUCUCAGCAGAAAUGUUAUUCUGACAUUUCCAAGCACUGUGUUUCCUGUGUGGCUGUCUGCUAAGGAAUGGGAUGUUUGUAAAAAUAAACUACUUGAGAAUCCCAGUCUCUCUGGGAUUGCCCAAUGGCCUUGCAUGAUUUCAGGUUGGGGUUUCCUUUCCCUUGCACAGAUCCCACCUUGGCGUAGCCCUGGUGGAAUCAGAAGGGGACCCCAAUCUAAAAUUGGUGCAGAUGACACUAGAAUCAGUUUCUUUGCACCCUUGUUAAAAAGUUGAUGCAUUUACACAACCUUCUUUUUAUACAUACAGAAAUCAUCCGUUUUUUCUGACUUUACCCAGAACAUCUUGGAUGUAGGAUGGGCCCAAGAAGGCCAUCACUUGAAUUAUCACUUGAAUAUCACAAACCUUCCAUUCCUUGGGAAUUCAGCUAACAGGGACCUCCCACUGCCAUACCCCUGCGAGAUGCACUGAACUCCUCUAUGCUGCUACAGUUCAUCUUGAUUGGGUCUCACCUUGCUCAGAAGGUGAGAAGGGAAAGAUGCAGAGAGGAAUUAGCUUCCAUUAACUGAGUUAGCUAUACUUCAAAAUGCUUCUGAAUUGAACUGAUGGUCUGCGGACAUUUGGAAAGUGAUUGGAGUAUUUCCAGAUGGCUGAGAUGCAUUGACUUCUUUUUCCUUGAAAAAAAAAAAAAUUAAAAUUAAGGGAAUGAAAGAGAUUUGGAGUCCCUCCUGUCUGCAUGAGAGUUUUAAGUUCUUCACAUUGCUGUUGGAGGCAAUGUACUUAAGGUUCACCUUUGUGUCUCAGACAGACACACGUUUUUUCUCAGUAAAGGUGGUCCUAGGACACAGAAAGGCGACUCCAUCUCACAACGAGCAGUUUCACUCCAAAGCCAACCCAAGACAACCUAAAGGCUACCAGCUCUGUGAAGCUUUAGGCCCUGAGCCAGGCUUGGCUGUUGCUGCCAUGUGAGUUUGUCACAGCUCAGUGUGCUGGGCCUGGUAUUUUCUUAAGACUUCGACAUUCUUGGUUUGAUGUUGUUUUUAUUCUUGGCAGGUGAAGUGGGAAAUUGUCAGUAUAAAACAUACAUGCAAAUGCUUCACUGGACUGAUGUGAUAACAGCUUUGUGUCUUUAUUGACAAGGGUUUCCAGACUUAUUCCUGCUUCACCUUUAGACACAGCUAUGCUCAUCUGUCCCCCUAAUUUCACGUGAACUGUGUUUGCAGACAGAAGCAGAUUUUGUUGUUGUUCUCUCUCUAGAUCUGAUUAAUACAUGCAAAGCUCACAGGCUUUCUAUGCAUAGGGCAGAGCACCCCUGUGUAUAAGCAUUAAUACUGACCUCCCAUCUGCAUUAGGAGUUCUGGCUUUUCUUACCUAGAUCUGAGUUCACCUCUCCCAACAUCCCAUACUGCUGCUGGGACUCACCUGUUCUGUUGGAAGCAACUCUAGGAGACAGGUAGCCAAGACACAAUUGGUGGGAACAUAGGCAGCAGUUUAUUAAUAUGGACAAUCAUAUGAUGGGAGCCUUUGGCAUGAGCCAGGCCCAGCUGCGGUUAUCUGAUGGUUGAGAUUGAUCCGAGGAAAAAAAGACGUUGUAACUGAGCCCUUUGGUGUCUCUUGAAAGGAUUAUCCACCCUUCCAUGCUCCUGGAUAGCCCUGCCUCCCCCAGACCCAUGGUUUGUGGGCAUUUCUUCCAAACUGACCAUCAGCUUCCUUUUGCCAGCCACAGUUCUUCCUUCCCCCUGAUGGCAAACCACAGCUCAGCAAUACCAAGUCAAUACAAGGCAUUCAGAGUUACUGAGUGGCAUUUACAUUUGCCUGGGAUGCCAGCAGGUCUCAGUGUUACAGAUGCUCAAAAUAUUGUAGUUUAUUCUGCUCAUAUACACUAAAUCUAUUUCUUCUAGGCUGCAAAUUGUGUUUUCUAUCAUUCCAUUGACAUUUCUAGCCAAUCUGAGUCUUAAUACAAUUGCUUUGCUGAAAAAUGGCCUUUCAGCAGAUCUUUGACAUGAGGUACUAGUGAUGCCAAUUAAAAUCUUUGGCCGUUGUCUGUUCCCUGAAUCCAGUGGAGCAGGAGGAAGCUCUGCCUGCUCAGAAGCAAUACUGGUAUUUUCUGUGGCAGAGUAUGAAAAUGGACAGCUUUUCUUUCAGCUUUAGUCUUGUCACAGCUGCUCGUCUCUGAGCAUCCCUUGGUCCCAGAAGGACACAGGGAAUUCAGGAGAAGCCACGUGGACAGAGGAAUCUGUUUAGAUGGCUGAAUGAGUAGGACCGUAGGAUGUUUGUAGUGUUGAUGGUGUUUUGCUUGUCAGAACCUUUCUUCAGUCUCUGUUUGUUUGAUGAAUGGAGUGACCCCAGGGAUGGGGUCUUUGGAGUACAAUGAAUUUGUGAUGUUUACCCCACUUUAUUCAGAUUAAGUGUGGCAGAGAAGGGUGUCCCACCCUAGGAAGGAAAAGAUUAGCCAUGCCCUGACAGUUCUGGGCUUGUUCUACACAAAGUUAGUGUCUGCAAAUAGCAGAAAGCAAUAAGAAACUUGUCAGCUCCAACUCAGCAAAUAAUCUAUAGCAACUUCAUAAAUGAAUUUUCCCUUUUAUUUCUUUCUUGUGAAUUGCAGAGAGAACCAAGAAAAUGCUUCCAAGUGUAUUUGCAAGGUCAUUUUUGCAUAUCAUCUGUGGUCUGGAGGGGUUGGAAAAGCUUUCUUGUAAUUCAUACAUGUUGGUUUGUUCUGGCUGGACAUAGAAAUCACACGGGAUAUUUCUGCUCCCUGAGUUCCCUAUACAGGAAUUUUCUCAUCUGUACAAAUGUUUAGUUCAAAAGUAUGGGAUCAGGAGUUGAGUAGGAGGAUCCUUGCUCAGUGCCAGUGGGCAGGGUGCCACUGGACACAUACUAGCUCCAGGACAGCCAAAGUGCUGGCUUCCAACUCACAGUCCACUUCCCAGGAAUAUUCUCUCACAGAUGCUUGAAAUUCUCAGCCUUUCCUACUGUUCCUACCACUUAACACAUUCAUUUGAGUAAUUACUGAGAGCAAACACCAGAAGGGUAUGAACCCAGAUGAAACCAAAUUGGUAUUGAGGUGAAGCAGGUGGUGUAAAUUUUAUUUGUGAUGUUUGCACAGCUCUUGGAUCGGAAGCAAAAACCUCUUGGGAAUUAAGAGAGUUGUAUAUGGCCUAACAUCUUAGUUCUUCCCAACUGAAUUGCCCAUUGGUGGGACAGC